AUGGCACCCCAAGUACCAGACAAGACCUUUGACGAUGACAAGCCUUCAAGGCAGUCGACAUCCCAAGAUAGCAGUGAGAAGUGCCCAUUCUGCAGGAUAGCCACUCUCUAUGCGCCCUACAAUCCAGCCUCUCCACCAUCUUCUUCCUCCCAGACUCUGUCCCCAGAGCUCACCUCGCCCGGCCCAGAGACCUACGUACUCCUCUCUACCCCGGUGGUGAUCGCCUUCCUCGACAUAAUGCCCCUCUCGCGCGGCCAUCUCCUCCUCUGCACACGGCGGCACGUGCCCAAGCUCACGGGCACAAAGCCAGCCGAGGCCCGCGAGCUGGGCUAUUACCUGCGCGUGCUCUCCGCCGCUGUGAGCCGGGCUACGGGCGUGGAAGAUUGGAACGUCGUCCAGAACAACGGCGCCGCCGCCGCACAGGUGGUUCCGCAUAUGCACUAUCACAUCAUCCCGCGACCCGAGAUCAGAGCUCAGGGCCGCUGGAGCGAGAAGUUUACCAUGUUUGGCCGGGGCCAGCGGUCAGAUCUGGAGCCUGAGGACGGGGAGAAGCUGGCGCAGAGGGUGAGGGAAGAGGUCGUCAGGAUACUGCAGCAGGACGAGAAAUCUAUCGCCAAGGAGAAGCUUUGA